AUGGGCUGCCUUUGUUCAAAAGCGUCGAACGCGAACGAUUACGUAGCCGAGUUCGAAAAGCAGAAACUGAGUGAACAGAGCAAAUCCUCGUCGCAUGCGGUCGUUCCUUUGAAAAUCGACGAGCCAUCAACCGUCAGAUUAGGGUCGAACAACAACAACAAUAAUAAUAAUAAUAAUAACAAUAAUAUUCGGAAUGAAGGUUCUCUUCAUUCGGGUUCCAAGACAAGAACCGAGUCGAAUAACGUUAGUAAUAAUAAUGUCCCCGUGGAAGAAAAUGCCAAGACAAUAUUUAUCGAGAGGCCUGCAAGUGGGCACCGUCGUGGCUCGACCAUGGAUUUGGGAGCGUUUAACGGGAUGCAGCAGACGAUGACUAGGAUCGUCAGCAUGCCACAUGGCGCCAAAGGGGAACAGGUGGCAGCCGGGUGGCCGUCCUGGCUGGCGUCGGUUGCCGGUGAGGCUAUCAAGGGGUGGACCCCACGGAGCGCGGAUUCCUACGAGAAGUUGAAUAAAAUCGGACAAGGAACCUACAGCAGCGUGUACAUGGCUCGAGACUUGAUAACCGAGAAAAUCGUGGCCAUGAAAAAGGUGAGAUUUGUCAAUAUGGAUCCGGAGAGUGUCCGUUUCAUGGCUCGGGAGAUAUGUAUCCUGCGCAGGCUGGACCACCCGAAUGUGAUGAAGCUCGAAGCUUUGGUGACUUCAAGAGUAUCCGGAAGUUUGUAUCUCGUUUUUGAAUACAUGGAGCACGAUCUUGCCGGACUCAUCGCAUUGCCAAAGGCUAAAUUCACUGAACCACAGCUUAAGUGUUACAUGCAACAAUUGUUGAGAGGACUCGAGCACUGCCAUAGACGGGGUGUUCUCCAUCGAGACAUAAAGGGUUCCAAUCUGUUGGUCGAUAAUAAAGGAAUCCUCAAAAUCGGGGACUUUGGUCUCGCCACAUCAUUCGAGCCUGGACAAAGUCAACCGUUGACCAGUCGGGUCGUGACUCUAUGGUACCGUGCACCCGAGCUUCUUCUGGGAGCUACCGAGUACGGACCGGCUAUUGAUUUGUGGAGCGCCGGCUGCAUUCUUGCCGAGUUAUUCGCCGGAAAACCCAUCAUGCCUGGAAGAACAGAGGUCGAGCAAAUGCAUAAGAUAUUCAAGCUGUGUGGCUCGCCUAAUGAAGCGUACUGGAGGAAAGCAAAACUGCCGCACGCGAGUAGUUUCAAAUCACAGCCUCUGUACAAACGUCGAGUGUCCGAUACGUUCAAGGAAUUUCCUUCUUCGGCAUUGGCCCUUCUAGAAUUCCUCCUUGCUAUUGAUCCAGAAGAGAGAGGCACUGCCACAUCAGCACUCGGUAGCGAGUUCUUUACGAAGAAACCUCUGCCAUGCGAUCCGUCGAGCUUGCCUAAGUAUCCUCCGAGUAAGGAACUCGAUGUCAAGAUGAGAGAGGAGGAAGCGAAAAGGCGAAAAGACGAGAGUCUUAAAGGACGUGAAGCGGGAGCAAGAAACAGCUCGCGUAAACAUACGGCUGUCCCUGAUGUAAAGGGAAAUUCGAACAAGAGCACGAGCUAUAAAUACAACCCGCAAGAGGACAGCGGGUCCGGGUUCCCGAUCGAGCCUCCGAGAGCGAAUUUGAAGAACGGGUACUAUGAUCGUCGUUCGAGCUCGGUGGUUCACCCGAAUGUAGUUGGACAUUCUUGGAGUGAAAAGCUCAGAAAUGAUAGCUCAGGUCAUUCGGUUCAAAUUCGGACAUUAAGCUCUUCUCAACAUGGGAGGCAAGGCUCUCAAGUGCAUCCAUCGAUAGUGGAUGUGUCGGAUUUGGACGGCAAGGAUGUGGGCCGGGCGUCUAAUAACGACUCGAUAGGCUACGUGCCGAAGAAAAACAGGAUGCGUUUUUCGGGACCACUGAUGCCUCCAGGGGCAAAUAUGGAAGAAAUGCUUAAAGAGCACGAACGACAAAUCCAGGAGGCGGUACGCAAGGCUCGUCUAGAAAAAGUCAGGACAAACAAGAACUUCAACGUUGAGUAG